AUGAAGGGAUUGAUCGCUUUUAAGGUAAUUUGGUGGUACCUUUUCUCAAGUCCUCACACAGGUACUCAGGAAUAUGAAGAUGGUGUACCCAAGAUUCCAACCGCCUGUAUUACAGUGGAAGAUGCAGAAAUGAUAUCAAGAAUGGCUUCUCACGGCAACACAAUUGUCAUUCACCUGGAGAUGGGAGCAAAGACAUACCCAGAUACAGAUUCCUUCAACACCAUAGCAGAGGUCACUGGGAGCAAGUAUCCGCAGCAGGUAGUUCUGGUCAGUGGACAUCUGGACAGCUGGGAUGUUGGGCAGGGCGCCCUAGAUGAUGGUGGUGGAGCCUUCAUAUCAUGGGAAGCACUCUCACUUAUUAAAGAUCUCGGACUGCGUCCAAAGAGGACUCUGCGUCUGGUACUCUGGACCGCUGAAGAGCAAGGUGGAAUUGGUGCCUCCCAGUACUAUGAGAGACACAAGGCAAAUGCUUCCAACUACAGUCUGGUGAUGGAGUCUGAUUCAGGAGCCUUCUUACCCACUGGGCUGCAGUUCACCGGCAGUGACAAAGCCAGAGCCAUCAUGAAGGAGGUCAUGAGCCUUCUACAGCCUCUCAAUGUCACCGAGGUCUUUAGUGAUGGAGAAGGAACAGACAUUAACUUCUGGAUCCAAGCUGGAGUGCCUGGAGCCAGUCUGCGUGACGACUUAUACAAAUAUUUCUCCUUCCAUCACUCCCACGGAGACACCAUGACGGUCAUGGAUCCGAAGCAGAUGAAUGUCGCUGCCGCUGUCUGGGCUGUGGUCUCAUAUGUAGUUGCUGACAUGGAAGAAAUGCUUCCAAGGUCCUAAGGAAGGCAAAAAGGAAGCCCCUGUCGUUCUCUCUAGCUGGAAAUCCUGGCUCGGCAACUUCAGGACAUCCAUCUUCAUGAAACAGUGUCGUCCAGUUCAUCUUCGAAGCACAGCUUUUUCACACCCUCUGUUAUCUUUCCUUAAUGCUUUUCAACCUAUUUCUAGAAUAAAGAAUGGUCCCCACAAUCCCACAGAAUCAACACAUGGUAGGGAGCACAGUGAAGACAUUACCUUAUACCACUUUAACAUGAUUUUUCUUCCACUCUGAAAAUAAACAAUAAAUCUUUGAAAAGCUCUGGCUUUACAUAUUCAUUUAUGAGCAUUAAAUUACAUGCAAGGAAA